UCCUGUGCGCUCCGGUCCGCGGCUCCGUCCUGCAAACGGGCGCGGGGCGCUUCCCCGGCAGCAGCGCGGGCCGCCGGCCUUGGCAGCCGCAGCCCGAGGGGGUGCGGGAGCGGGGGCGGGGGCCGGCCGGACACGGGGCGGCUUGGACCUCAAGACCGGCCGCCAAGUGGUCCGUCGGCAGAGGCGGGAGGACGAGGGACCAAACCCGCCGACGACCCCGACCGCCCCGCCGACCGGUCCUCGAGCAGCUCCGACCCGCACCCGGCCCCGCACCCGGGCCCCUCGGCCCCCUGGGCCCCCGGGGCCGGGCGGGCGGCUGGUCCUUGGGGCGGCCCCGGGGCCGGUCCCGGGGCUCAGGAUGCCCGAGCGGCCGCGCCUGGGCUCCGGGCAGGGGCGGGUCCCCGGGCCGCCGCCGGCUCCCGCUCCUCGGAUUAGCCGCCGCAGCCGGCGCCGAGGGAUUUGAACCCGGAGCCCGCGCGGGCCCGUCCCCCCGCCGGACCCUCAGCGGCGGCCCCGCCGCCAAGAUGCUCCGGAAAGGGUGCUGUGUGGAGUUGUUCCUGGUGCUGUUUGGGCUGGAGAUUCACGUCACCACCCCCUGUCCCGUGGACUGCGUGUGCUACCCGGCGCCCAUGACGGUGAGCUGCCAGGCCCACAACUUCGCCGCCAUCCCCGAGGGCAUCCCGGAGGACAGCGAGCGCAUCUUCCUCCAGAACAACCAGAUCAGCCUGCUCCUGCGCGGCCACUUCACGCCAUCCAUGGUCACCCUGUGGAUAUAUUCCAAUAACAUCAGCUUCAUCGCCCCGGACACCUUCCGGGGCUUCGUGCACCUGGAGGAGCUGGACCUGGGCGACAACCGCCACCUGCGGGCCUUGGCCCCCGAGACUUUCCAGGGGCUGGUGCGGCUGCAUGCCCUCUACCUGUACAAAUGCGGGCUCAGCUCCCUGCCCACUGGGCUCUUCAGCGGCCUGCACAACCUGCAGUUCCUCUACCUGCAGGACAACCACCUGGAGUUCCUCCAGGAUGACUCCUUCGGGGACCUGGUCAACCUAAGCCACCUGUUCCUCCACGGCAACAGGCUGUCCAGCCUCCACCAGGACACCUUCCGGGGCCUGGUCCACUUGGACCGGCUGCUCCUCCACGAGAACCAGCUGCAGUGGGUGCACCCCCGCGCUUUCCACCACCUCCAGCGGCUGACCAUCCUCUUCCUCUUCAACAACAGCCUGUCCGAGCUCCAGGGGGACUGCCUGGCUCCCCUGGGUGCCCUGGAGUUCCUCCGGCUCAACGGCAAUCCCUGGCACUGCGGCUGCAAGGCCCGCUCGCUGUGGGAGUGGCUGCGCCGAUUCCGGGGCUCCAGUUCCAGCGUCCUGUGCCGGACCCCCGAGCAGCUGAGCGGCCAGGACCUCAAGGCGCUCCAGGCAGAGGUCUUCCGGGCCUGCUCCACCUCCUCCUCCGAGUCCCUGCACCAGAUCAAGGCGCACCCGCUUCCGGCCCCGGAUCGGGGCGUCCCCCGGGACCGGCUCCCGCCCGCCCACGCCUCCAGGGAGCGGGAUGGCCCGCCCGCCCCCCGCCCAGGCUCCCGCAAGCCUGGCAAAAACUGCACCAGCUACAAAACCCGCAACCAGACCUCCAAGCCGGGGGGCGGGCUGGGGCCGCGGAAGGGUGCGUCCGAAGGCCAGGACUACAUACCCGACUAUGAGGCCAAGUUCGGCUUCGACCUGAUGCCCACGGCCCGGCCCAAGCGCAAGGGCAAGUGUGCUCGGCGGACCCCCAUCCGCACCCCCAGCGGGGUCCAGCAGGCGUCUGGGGCCGCUGAGGCCGCCGGGACAUCGCUUCUCCUCUGGAUCACGGUGGCCACGGCGGCGGUGGUCACCCUCCGCUGAGCUGGGGGGCGAGCCGGGGGUGGGCGCCAGCUGGGGGUGGGUGCCGGCCGCCUGGCUGCCACCGGACACCAUCUCUUUUCUCCUCCUCUUCUUCGGACGGGGAGGAUGUGGUGCUCCCAAGGGAAGAAGGGGGAGGCGUCGGGUGGUGCCCACCCACGUGGAUUUUCCCUCUCUGAGCUGCCCGGCCGCAGCCGGCCUGGAUUAGAGGCCUCAGCCCUCGGUUGUCCCCCCACAGCCAGGACCGCCCACCUGCCGAAAAGCCAACCCCCCUGGAGGGAUGCGAGGGACACCAGCUGAUCUUUCAUUAGUGACAACUGGUCAAACAGACAAGAGCGGGGCACUCUACGAAUCCUCUUCAUUUCAGGGGCCUAUGACAGACCCCUGGGAUUACUAGAGGGAGCACAAUUGUUGUAAAAAACAAACAAAAAAAACCCAACAAAAAAACAAAAAGCAAACAAACAAAAAAAGAUCACCGAUUAAGCCUAGGCCAUUUAUCUGCAAGUCUGUAGAUGUGCGAGGACUCUUAGUCGGCGGGAACUAAGAGAGCUCGGCCCUCUGGGACCCUAAUCCAGACCUUCUCUGAUGACAAUCUCAACUUCCUGACCAUCUCAGGCACGUGGCGGCUCAGGGCUCGACUACCCCGGCUCGGCCCUCGGAGUAGCCACCAACCAAAGGAAAGAUUGCUUAGAGGCUGAAAUGUAGAACUUGAAGAGAUUCCCGCAGCAGGUGCGUUUUUGUAACUGUGUUCACUUAUUUAAAAAAAAAGAGAGUGAGAGCGAGAGAGAGAGAGAGAGAGAUAAAUGUACAGGUUUUCCUCCCCCUCAGUUACCAAACUGUAUGUCUUAUAUCAUGUUUAUAAAUUAUAUGGAAACUAUAUCUGCUGAAAUAAUGAUCGUAUUGUUGAAUUUCUAGCGAAGGAUUAUUAUUUCAUUUUUGUCUAGAAAACAAACUGGGUGGAGGAAUUUAUGUAUACCGAGAUUGGAAGGGAGUCGGGGAGGGAGUGAGGGAAGAACACGAGCCAGACAAGGGACCAGUGUUUUUAGCGGCUUAGGGCACCAGCCUUUUUGAUAAUGCCAUGCAGCCCAGUACUUCCCCCCACCCAACACACACAAGCCCCAGUUCCCUCUCGUUGACCUAACCUCUUACUGUGCCCCAGGCGGAGGGAAGGAAGUCAAUGGAAAUGCCCGUCAGCUCAGACUCCGGAAGAGCUGGCCUCUGGGAAGCAGUAGGAAGGCUGGAAAAGGAGUCUUUUUUUGAAGUUGAAAGAGGGGUUCCAAACAGUGUUAGUCCAAUAGGGCAGCGGUGACUUACUCAAAUUCAGAAGGACCAGUGUAUAUAUACAUUUAGAGUCCAACAGGUGUAGACGUUAGGUGGCCAGCCUAUGGUUGCCACUCCCAGCUUUGGGCACAGCAUUAAUACAAAACACCCAAUGGCUUCUCCUCGGCCUUGUGGACAGGGGCCUGGGCAAGAAUUUGGCCUUGGGAACCUUAGGGUAAGGGAUGGAGCAGAAGAGGGGGUGAGGGAAAAAGGAAGACCUGCCUAACUUGGCCUACCUCUUCCCGCCCCGAUCCAGAGACAGGGGAAACAGAGGAAGCAGGGAGCCAGGGCCCAGGUGUGGAUGGGAACAGGAGGUAGCAAGGUGGCUGACCAGAGGCCCCUAAGUCCACCAUUGCUCCGCAUUUCACACGCAAAAGCAAAUGUUCAUUCCCCGUCGGGAAGAAACACUGAAUUCCACUGAGAGGGAAAUAAAAAUGAUCUUGGACGAGGA